AUGCCUAUCGGACAGGUUCUGAGCACCAAAAUAGCACCAGAGUUGGAUUAUAGCUACUGGCUCAGAGAGAAGCAGCGGCAACAGGAAAGCAAAUUACAGCAUGAGGAUGUGUACAAGUCAGAAGGAGUGAGCGAGAGAAGGUUUGAUGCCAAGCUGAGAGAGUUCCGUCGCAAGGCGGGAAUACCGGAGAGGAGGGCUGUUGAUGAGGAGUAA